AUGCCGUCACCGCCCGUCAAAGUGAUGCUCCCCGUCAACCCCGCCCUCCAAGCCGACGACUCCAUGCUGACGCGCAAGUUCGGCCCCGAGGUCGUCAACUACUACUCGGGCACCCGCCUCAACCGCUACUCCUUUCUCCGCGCCGACGCCGCCUUUCUGCGCCGCGCCGCCCUCGCCCCCGCCGCCCGCUACGUCGCCCUCAACAACCUGUCCGCCGUCGCCGUCGACAAGUCCCAGCUCGCCACUUUUUCCUUUGACGACGUGAAGCCGCUGAUUGGCGCCGAGCCCGCCAUCGCCCUCGAGGAGAAGACGGCCAUUGCUCGAUUUGACUCCGGCAAGGCCUCGCCGCUGGUCGUCUUUCUCGGGCUGGUGGAACAAGGCUCGAUUGGCGGCGAAGCGGCCGCGGCGGAUACCGCGGAGACGGUCGAGAUUGAAUCGGCAACGCACGGCACGGUAAAAGCCCAACCGUACUUUGCCGUCGAUGUCACGCCCAGAGAUUCGUACAAGGAGGCCGCCGAGGCCUUUCAAAAAACGUUUGAAGCUCGCGGGCUGUCCCUUGAGACGAAUCCACGCGCCAUGACUCUGCUCCCCGAGCACGCCUCCAUAUACGCUCAGGCCCGGUCCAUGAUUGACUGGAACACGCGCAACCGCUUCUGCGCCGGCUGCGGCGGCCGCAACCUCUCCAUCCAGGCCGGCUACAAGCGCGUGUGCCCGCCCGCCGACCUCGCCGCCGGCAGUCCGCCCCGCGACGACGACUGCCCCACGCGUCGCGGCGUCUCCAACCUGUGCUUCCCGCGCACCGACCCGACCAUGAUCGCUGCUGUGCUCUCCGCCGACGGCAAGCGCAUCCUGCUCGGCCGCCAGGCCGCCUGGCCCCCGCAAUGGUUCUCGACCCUCGCCGGCUUCCUCGAGCCCGGCGAGUCCAUGGAGGAGACGGUCCGCCGCGAGGUCUGGGAGGAGAGCGGCGUCCGCGUCGGCCGCGUCGUCAUCCACUCCACCCAGCCCUGGCCCUACCCCUCCAGCCUCAUGAUCGGCGCCAUCGCCCAGGCCCUCCCCGGCGGCGAGGAUAUCAUCCUGCACGACAAGGAGCUCGAGAGCGCAAGGUGGUUCAGCCUCGACGAGGUCAGGGUCGCGCUGGCGAGGGGUGGCAGCGCGCUCGGUGGGCCAACGCCCCGGGACUACAAGGACGGCGACUUGCGAGUGCCCCCGCCCCAGGCCAUUGCUCAUCAGCUCAUGAAGGCCGUUGUCGAGGGCAGGUUUACGGGCGCGUCCAAGAUUUGA